AUGAAGACAACUAAUGUUAAAUCUGAUCAUGAUCAAAAUAGCCCUGCAGUCAACAGCAAUUCUGAUGAAAUUUCAACUAUCGGCAGUAACCUUGUUGUUGUCAAAGAAUUAGAUCAUAUUACUGCUACCAAUAAUUAUGAAAAUUCUACUAUUGUCAACAAUUCUGAGCACGAUUCAGUUCUUAAUACUACCAACGAUAAUGUGGCAACCGAUAAUAAAUCUGAUCAUGAUCAAAAUAGCCCUGACGUUAAAUGUGAUUCUAAUGAUCCUGUUGUCGUUAAAGAAUUAGAUCAUAUUGCUGCUAUCAGUAAUUCCAAUGAAAAUUCCAUUAUUGUCAACAAUUCUAUGCACGAUUCAGUUCUUAAUACUACCAACGAUAAUGUGGCAACUGAAAAUAAAUCUGAUCAUUAUCAAAAUAGCUCUACUGUUAACUGUGAUUCUAAUGAAAUUUCAACUAUCGGCAGCAACCCUGUUGUUGUUAAAGAAUUAGAUCAUGUUGCUGCUGCCAGUAAUUCUAAUGAAAAUUCUACUAUUGUCAACAAUUCUAAACUUGAUUCAGUUCUUAAUACUACCAACGAUAAUGUGGCAACCGAUAAUAAAUCUGAUCAUGAUCAAAAUAGCCCUGACGUUAAAUGUGAUUCUAAUGAUCCUGUUGUCGUUAAAGAAUUAGAUCAUAUUGCUGCUAUCAGUAAUUCCAAUGAAAAUUCCAUUAUUGUCAACAAUUCUAUGCACGAUUCAGUUCUUAAUACUACCAACGAUAAUGUGGCAACUGAAAAUAAAUCUGAUCAUUAUCAAAAUAGCUCUACUGUUAACUGUGAUUCUAAUGAAAUUUCAACUAUCGACAGCAACCCUGUUGUUGUUAAAGAAUUAGAUCAUAUUGCUGCUGCCAGUAAUUCUAAUGAAAAUUCUACUAUUGUCAACAAUUCUAAACACGAUUCAGUUCUUAAUACUACCAACGAUAAUGUGGCAACCGAAAAUAAAUCUGAUCAUGAUCAAAAUAGCCCUGUCGUUAACAGUGAUUCUAAUGAAAUUUCAACAACCGGCAAUAAUAAUAACCCUGUUGUGAAUCCUGUUGCCUCUACUAGUAAUUCUAAUGAAAGCACGAAGUCUAUUAUUAUUAAAAACUCUGUGCAAGAUUCAAAAUUUACUGCUAGUAACGGCAGUACUAAUACCAGAACCGAUAGUUCUAAUUCUAAACAAGAUUCGAUUUCUACUGCUGACAAUUGUACUGUUAACGAUCAUUUCAACGCUGAGCAAAAUUCAAAGUCUAUCUGUGAUAACAAUAAUCCUAACGCUGAGCAAGAUUUAAAGUCUAUCUGUGAUAACAAUAAUCCUAACGCUGAGCAAGAUUUAAAUAAUGAUCCUUUGGAUGUAGUUAAUUCACAGCAGAAAGAUCCUGGUAAGAAUUCACCACUGUUGUUUAAUUCUUUAAUUAUUAUCAUAGAGUUUGAAAUGUAA